AUGGGGAGCAUAGAUGUGGACAGCGCAGUGCUGCCCACAACACACCCCCUGAAGAUAUUCGAUGUAUGCCGCAAACAAAAUAAAUUUGUAUACGCGUGCGCUCCCAUGGUGCGCUAUAGCAAGCUCGCUUUCCGGCAGACGGUGCGCCACUACGGCGUGGACUUGUGCUGGACGCCCAUGAUCCUGGCCAAGGAAUUCAACCGCAGCGGCUUUGCCCGAGACAGUGACCUCACUGUUGGCACAAACGGGCCCCAACCAGUCACCAUUCUUCAGUUUGGCGCCAACGACCCCACGGAGCUUGCGCGAGCGUCCUCGCUCGCCAUCCCGUAUGUCAACGGCGUGGAUCUCAACUGCGGCUGCCCGCAGAGCUGGGCCUGCGCCGAGACUCUCGGCGCGGCGCUCAUGAACCAGCGCGAGCUCGUGCGCGAUAUGGUGGUCGAGACGAGGAGCCGGCUGGCGGGCGAGGGCUGGGCCGUCGGCAUGGACAAGGACGUGGAGAAUCCCAAGGGCCGCAGCGUGAGCGUCAAGAUUCGGGUGCACGAUGAUCUAAGGAAGACGAUGGACUUUAUCGACACCGUCAUUGGCGACCCUCACCACCGCAAUAUAGACUGGCUCACCAUCCACCCGCGCACACGCCACACACCCUCUACCACGCCGAUCCGCACAGAGGCCCUCGAGAUCUUGACGGAAAAGUACGCCAAGACGCUGCCCAUUCUCCUCUCCGGGGACAUCUUUGACAUCAACGCGCUACCCAUCCGCGCCACCACCCACAGCAGCGAAGACGCCGCCCUCGCCACGCUUCGCAUCAAGGACGAUCCGCCGGUGCCGACCUCGACGGUGCUUCCGGCCCCCAGCAACACGCACCUCUCCGGCUUCAUGUCCGCCCGGGGCCUGCUCGCCAACCCGGCGCUGUUUGCCGGCCACGCGGCCUGCCCCUGGGAGGCGGUCGAGCGCUUCAUGUGCCACGCGGCGCGGGCGCCGCUGCCGCUCAAGCUCGCGGUGCACCACGUGCAGGAGAUGUGCGGGCCCGGGUUUGGCGACGACAAGAGCCAGCUGCUGAGCAGGAAGGAGAGGCAGGCGUUUGCGCUGAUGACGGACGUGACGGAGCUGAUGGAUUUCCUCGACCACAAGAUUGCGGAGCACAAGGGUCAGACGACGGGACUACGGCGGGAUUUAUUUUGA